AUGGUGAAGUGGUCCAUCAUCGAGUACUGCGGUUUAACCGAGAAGUCAUCAUGUGGCUACUGCAAAAAUGCUGGACAUAAAGCGUCCUUAGGUACGGAGAAUGGAGUAGACGACCCGGAUGAGGGUGACUCGGUUUCGUUUGGUUGUUUUGCUCAUAUAAUGGAUUCGGAGAAUUUUAUGCGGUUACUGGAAUACGGGUGGAGCGGGCAAAGUCUAUGGUUGUGCUUCAGUCCUGACAGCAGUUUCGUACUGACUGCUACUAUUGCAGGGAUCUGGGCUCACUGUCUCAGCUGCGACAACUACCAGAAAUUGCUUGACAGAGGAUGGCGAAGGUCAGGAAAGUAUAUUUAUAAGCCAACAAUGGAGCGGACAUGUUGCCCACAGUAUACAAUUAGGUUGGAUUCUACAAAGUUUAAUCUCUCUCGAAGCCAACGAAGGGUCCUUCGUCAAAUGAAUGACUUUUUAAAAAAUGAUAUCAAACCCAGAAGAGGUGUUCGGGAAGAGGUGCCCAUGGAAACGACGGCUCCUUCAUCCAGUGGAGCUCCAGAGAAGAACAUUGGCAGUAAUAGUGAUACUACAAAGAAAAUCAAUAGAAGUGACAACCCUGUUCAAAAGAAAAAGGAAGUUCGAAGGCAGCGGUGUUUUGCCAGAUGGAAAGAGAGAGGGCUGGAUGUGGAGGAGAUGCAAAAAAUCAGAGCUGCCAAGGAGAAAGCACGGAGAAGGACAGUUGAAUCAUAUGUUUUAAACCCAAAUGAUUCAUGGAAGCACAGAUUAGAGGUGAAGCUUGUUCGAACUAACAGCCCUGAAUUUAAUGAGCGGUAUGAUGAGUCUUUCUUGCUAUUUGAAAAGUACCAGAAAGUAAUACACAAAGAUGACGACCCGUGUAAGGCGGGUUUCAAACGGUUUCUCGUCGACACACCGUUGUUUGAUGACGAAAUUUUGCGGCCUCAACAUGGACCUUAUGCCUCUGGAUCAUAUCACCAAUGGUAUAUCCUAGACGGACGACUCCUGGCAGUUGAUUAUGCUUUUCUUAGCCUAGGCACCUACACAGCAUUAAGGGAAAUUGCCUUUACUCGUGAACUGAUGAAGCAUCGUCCAGAUACCAAAUAUUACUACAUGGGUUAUUAUAUUAUUACAUGUCCAAAAAUGAGAUAUAAAGGGAAAUUUCGACCAAGUGAACUAUUAUGCGACCGGAGUUUUCAGUGGGUUCCUUUGGACGAAUGCGAUCGCAUGUUAGAGAACAAUAACUACAAAUUCACGGUUUUUCGACCAAACGAAACUCCAGUCGAAAUGCAAACACGCGAUCAACUACUGUUGUUAGUGGAUGGAAAAAUUCUGCCCUAUGCCGAUAUAUGCGAUUUGGUACCGUCAUUAAGAGAGGUUGCUGAUUCUGAAGAGGUAAAAGAGAAACUUGACACGUUUGCAAGUCGCGUUGGUAGUGAUAUGAACGGUUUGAUACUGUAUUUAUCGGAUUUUCAAGAUCUUGACGAAUCAGAGUAG